GUUGUUUCGGCCGAGGAGCCCUAGCCGCCAUUUCAAGACCGUGAGAGGUAGAUGGCCAACUAGAGUUCUUAAGACUGGAGGCUUGUGGCUGCUGCUGCCGCCGCCUAAUUCUUCCAAAGCAGCGGCACGCUUGCUGCCAUCUUACUACUACCUCGAGAAACAUUUUUGCCAGCAGUGGCGGCAGCAGGACUCAGUAACCCCCUUGUGACUCUCCCUCAAGAAGCUCCAGAUGGCGUCUUCCGUGGGCAACGUGGCCGACAGCACAGAACCAACGAAACGUAUGCUUUCCUUCCAAGGGUUAGCUGAGUUGGCACAUCGAGAAUAUCAGGCAGGAGAUUUUGAGGCAGCUGAGAGACACUGCAUGCAGCUCUGGAGACAAGAGCCAGACAAUACUGGUGUACUUUUAUUACUUUCAUCUAUACACUUCCAGUGUCGAAGGCUGGACAGAUCUGCUCAUUUUAGCACUCUGGCAAUUAAACAGAACCCCCUUCUGGCAGAAGCCUAUUCAAAUUUGGGGAAUGUGUACAAGGAAAGAGGGCAAUUGCAGGAAGCAAUUGAGCAUUACCGGCAUGCAUUGCGUCUCAAACCAGACUUCAUCGAUGGUUAUAUUAACCUGGCAGCUGCAUUGGUAGCAGCGGGCGACAUGGAAGGGGCAGUACAAGCUUACGUUUCUGCUCUUCAGUACAACCCUGAUUUGUACUGUGUUCGCAGUGACCUGGGGAACCUGCUCAAAGCCCUGGGUCGCUUGGAAGAAGCCAAGGCAUGUUAUUUGAAAGCAAUUGAGACGCAACCGAACUUUGCAGUAGCUUGGAGUAAUCUUGGCUGUGUUUUCAAUGCACAAGGAGAGAUUUGGCUGGCAAUUCACCACUUUGAAAAGGCUGUCACCCUUGAUCCCAAUUUUCUGGAUGCGUAUAUCAAUUUAGGAAAUGUCUUGAAAGAGGCCCGAAUUUUUGACAGAGCUGUGGCAGCAUACCUUCGUGCUCUAAGCUUGAGUCCAAAUCAUGCAGUAGUGCACGGCAACCUGGCCUGUGUAUACUAUGAACAAGGCCUGAUUGAUCUGGCAAUAGACACCUACAGGCGAGCUAUUGAACUGCAGCCACAUUUCCCUGAUGCUUACUGCAACCUAGCCAAUGCUCUCAAAGAGAAAGGAAGUGUUUCUGAAGCAGAAGAUUGUUAUAAUACAGCUCUCCGGCUGUGUCCUACCCACGCAGACUCUCUGAAUAAUUUAGCCAAUAUCAAACGAGAACAGGGGAACAUUGAAGAGGCAGUUCGCCUGUAUCGUAAAGCUUUAGAAGUGUUCCCAGAGUUUGCUGCUGCUCAUUCAAAUUUAGCAAGUGUACUUCAGCAGCAAGGGAAACUUCAGGAAGCUUUGAUGCAUUAUAAAGAGGCUAUUCGAAUCAGUCCUACCUUUGCUGAUGCCUAUUCAAAUAUGGGAAACACUUUAAAAGAGAUGCAGGAUGUUCAGGGGGCUUUGCAGUGUUACACUCGUGCCAUUCAGAUUAAUCCUGCGUUUGCUGAUGCCCACAGUAAUCUGGCCUCUAUUCACAAGGAUUCAGGGAAUAUUCCUGAAGCAAUAGCUUCUUAUCGCACUGCUCUGAAGCUUAAACCUGAUUUUCCCGAUGCUUAUUGUAACUUGGCUCAUUGUCUGCAGAUUGUCUGUGAUUGGACAGACUAUGAUGAGCGAAUGAAGAAGUUGGUCAGCAUUGUGGCUGACCAGCUAGAGAAGAAUAGGUUGCCAUCUGUACAUCCACAUCAUAGUAUGCUGUACCCACUUUCUCAUGGCUUUAGGAAAGCUAUUGCUGAGAGGCAUGGGAACCUUUGCUUGGAUAAGAUUAAUGUCCUUCAUAAGCCACCAUAUGAACAUCCAAAAGAUUUGAAGCUCAGUGAUGGUCGACUGCGUGUAGGAUAUGUGAGUUCUGACUUUGGAAAUCAUCCUACUUCUCACCUUAUGCAGUCUAUUCCAGGCAUGCACAAUCCUGAUAAAUUUGAGGUUUUCUGUUAUGCUUUGAGCCCAGAUGAUGGCACAAACUUUCGAGUGAAGGUGAUGGCAGAAGCCAAUCAUUUCAUUGAUCUUUCUCAGAUUCCAUGCAAUGGAAAAGCAGCAGAUCGAAUUCAUCAGGAUGGAAUACAUAUCCUUGUAAAUAUGAAUGGCUAUACUAAGGGUGCACGAAACGAACUCUUUGCUCUCAGACCAGCUCCCAUUCAGGCAAUGUGGCUGGGCUACCCUGGAACUAGCGGUGCACUCUUCAUGGAUUAUAUCAUCACUGAUCAGGAAACCUCACCAGCUGAGGUUGCUGAGCAGUAUUCUGAGAAACUGGCUUAUAUGCCCCAUACUUUCUUUAUUGGUGAUCACGCUAAUAUGUUCCCUCACCUAAAGAAAAAAGCAGUCAUUGAUUUUAAGUCAAAUGGACAUAUUUAUGACAAUCGGAUUGUUCUGAAUGGCAUCGAUCUCAAAGCCUUUCUGGAUAGUCUACCAGAUGUGAAAAUUGUCAAGAUGAAAUGUCCUGAUGGAGGAGAUAAUGCUGACACUAGUAAUAUAGCUCUUAAUAUGCCUGUCAUUCCUAUGAAUACUAUUGCAGAAGCAGUUAUUGAAAUGAUAAACAGAGGACAAAUUCAGAUAACCAUUAAUGGAUUCAGUAUUAGCAAUGGACUGGCAACUACCCAGAUCAACAAUAAGGCUGCAACUGGAGAGGAGGUUCCCCGUACUAUUAUUGUAACCACCCGUUCUCAGUAUGGCCUACCAGAAGAUGCCAUUGUGUACUGUAACUUCAAUCAGUUAUAUAAAAUAGACCCUUCUACUCUGCAGAUGUGGGCAAAUAUUCUGAAGCGUGUUCCCAAUAGUGUGCUCUGGCUGUUACGAUUUCCAGCAGUAGGAGAGCCCAAUAUUCAGCAAUAUGCACAGAACAUGGGCCUCCCUCAGAAUCGUAUCAUUUUUUCACCUGUUGCUCCCAAAGAGGAACAUGUGAGGAGAGGUCAGCUGGCUGAUGUCUGCCUGGACACUCCACUCUGUAAUGGACACACCACUGGAAUGGAUGUCCUCUGGGCAGGAACCCCCAUGGUGACUAUGCCAGGAGAGACCCUUGCUUCUCGAGUUGCAGCUUCUCAGCUUACUUGUUUAGGCUGUCUUGAACUUAUUGCUAAAAAUAGACAAGAAUAUGAAGAUAUAGCUGUGAAACUUGGAACUGAUCUAGAAUACCUGAGGAAAGUUCGUGGCAAAGUCUGGAAGCAAAGAAUAUCUAGCCCUCUGUUCAACACCAAACAAUACACCAUGGAACUCGAGCGGCUGUAUCUACAGAUGUGGGAGCAUUAUGCAGCUGGCAACAAGCCUGACCACAUGAUUAAGCCUGUUGAAGUCACCGAGUCGGCCUAAAUAAAAAACUGCAAAGGAAUAUUACCCUUAUACAUGAGCCUCAGCCUUCCCGGGGAAAGGGAAUUAGACAAUUUACUUUUUACUUAUCUGUACAGUAUCAUGUUGCAGAUGGGUGACAAAUAAUGAUCACAGAAUAGCACAGACAGACUUGCUUUCUGCAUGAUAGGGCAAGACACAAGAAAUGGGAGACUUAUGUUCCAGAAGGAAUCUCUAGAAUUUCACAGCAACCGGGUGGUACAUAGGUCUGGAAGGUCUGAUCUCCUUUGGUCUUCCAUGGUGAUGAUUAGUGUGCAAGGGAGAUUGCCCAGCUGUUUUGUGAUUCCGUGGGUUGAGUCUUCUGGAUUAACUUUUCCCCGUCAUAUUUUGGGUAUUGGAGCUUUUACAAGUGUUUGGUUUCAGGUAUUUUUAAUUUGUGUGAAGUGUAUAUGGAUGACUUGAGAUAAGGUUUUUGGAUGACUUGAGAUAAGGUUUUAAGCUAAAAUGUUGCUCCUGAGUUUUUGAACUCUACAAAUUAAUGAGGACUUCGCUGGUGUAGUCUUUUUUAUAGGUUUUAUAAACCACUUGAGCCUAUAUCAGUCAUGUUAGUGUCUGACCUAAUGUUUGGAGUGAUCAGUGCUUUUUGUUGGUUUCAGUGAUGACUCUAUAAAGUUUUUUUUUUUUUUUUUCCUCUCCCUCUGGUCCUUUUUCUUUUCUCCUCUCCUCACUUUAAAAAUUUCUUCUGUUGACUUAGGUAACAAAGUCAAGUAUGGUUGAAACACCUUAAGAGUGUUUUUUCUUAAAUGCACCAUUUGGUGCCAAAUGAAAAUUAUCAGGAGUGAUGAUUAAUUAUGAAAGGCACAGUUUUAGUGCAUCAUUGAUGAUGAUGACGUACUUUCUUUGACCUCACUUUGACCAGUUUCAUCAGUGUUUUACCUAUGAUUGCCCCUUUAUGCUGCUUCUAAAGUCAUAGUGUGUGACAUUUUUUAUCUUCCUUUCUGGAUUUUUUUUUUAAAGUGAGUCCUGUUCUUCCUAUUUCUUUCAGCAGAAAUGAAAUCCCAGGUAAGUAUAAAUAUUCAAUUAUUUGAUCAGUAAGUCACAGUUAUCUCCAAUACAUUAAAUGACUUAGAUCAAAAGGCAUGUUAUGGGAGAAAAAAAUCAGAAGGAUCAACCUCUAGAACAUUAUGUAAUAACUGUUUUCAUUCUGAACUUGGUCUUUCAAGUCUGUGUGGAUUCAGACUUAGUAGUAGCAAAGUGUACUAUUACUUGGUUUGGAGUAAAAUUAGACUUUAGCCUUCCUGGACCUUGAGUUCUUGGUGUUAAAAAUAGGAAUAAAAUUAUUGAAAUUCAACAAAGGAUUGAGAGCUUGAAGCUUAUACAAGCCAACAUUUAAAUCUGUUUUGUCUUUGCUGUACUGCAUUAUGCUAUCCAGUAACAGAUAAUUUCUUGUCUGCUAGUAGUGUUCUAGAUUAUGUCUUUCCAAAGUGCUGAGGCAGUGCAUCUAUUCUGUAGUUGCAACUGAUGCCUGAAUGUAUCCUAGCUGACAAAUUACUGAUCACUAAGAACUUGAAUUUCUGAAAGAUUCUUACUGUUAACCAAAAUCUGAGCAAGGAGUCUCAAAUGUAAUUCUUAGCCAGAAUUACGUGUUAAUGAACUGUGUACCUUUUAACAAUGUAAGUCAAAAAACAUCAGUUUAUGGAUUUUUUAAUUUAUUUUUACCUGAUUGAAAUAUCAGGUAAAGGUUGCCAGCAUGGUUGUGUAUAAACUGAUGUUUGCAGUUCACCAAACUACUUGAUGUGGGAUAGGAUAAUAUACUUCUGAUGCCCUCAAGGUUGUGACUUGACAGCCUUUUACAUAGCACAUCAUUCCUCCUAUAGGGAUGAACUUUUUCCUGGUGUGAAAAAGCUAGCCUCUCUGGUUGAAGCUUUGCUUAUUGUAAUAGGCUUUUUGUUUCCAGGUAACAUUGUGGAAGACUUAAUUCUGAAUAUAGAUAUAUAGAUAUUACUGGAAACUAACUGUUUUUUUUUUUCUAUUAUACUCUGCUUUAUCAAAAUAGUAAAACAUUUAAAUUGUGCUACAGAAAUCCUGAUGUUGUCUUGCGGUCUUUAAUAAAUGAAUGACUCGCCCUUAA